GACCCUUUCCUUCCCAGCACCAGGGCCCUCGCUCCAGGCGGCUGCGGCUGGCCUGAAGCGGGUAGGGCUUUUAUUGUGAAAGGGGCCUCCCCCUCCCGCGUUUUCUGGGGAUUGGGGAGGCUGGACGGCGCCUUGGGCUGGGGCUUUGCAAACUCUGAAAAGGUCCCCAGCGGUUGGAGGCGCCUCGCGGCAGCAGGACCCCACAAACCCACACGGGGAGCAGCCUACUAUGUGCCCUUCCCGCCCCCCUCCUGCGAUCUGGCUGCGGGAAAGGUGUGGACCCGAGCCCAGCGCAGCCUGGGAAAUCUGAGCUCCAGGGAUGAGACGGCCAGCAGGCUGAGCUUGGGAACCUGCAGGAGUUUGCGGAGACAUGGUAGGAGUGGCCGAAUGGGGCGGUGGGCACCGGGGCACGCGGCCUCGAAGUGGCGCACGGCCUGCACACGCGGCAUCCCAGGGCGUCUUGGCUCUGGAGAAGGCUUUGUGGCAAGAAACGGUCAGUGAUGGCAUUCUGCCUCCUGAUGAUCCUGUCUGCAGUGACUGUCAUUCACCUCCCUCCGGAGCAUCCAGCGUCCACCCCCAGACUUGGUCCCAUAGAGCCCCAGGGGAAAAUCGGCAUGCCUGAGCCCAACAUUUGGCAGACUUUGAACUCUAGCCAGAGGCAGCGGGCAAGAAACCUGGGCUUCCAAAAAGGCCGGGCUUUGCCCAGAGAUUCCAUCUUGGUCUGUGCCGAGAAGCAAAGCCACAGAGUGCGAGUGGAUAGAAGCAGACACGCACUGAGGGUCAGGAGAGAUGCCGCUGGGCCAGGAGGUCCAACACUCAGUGCCCAACAUCAUGUGCAGGAGAACGAGGUCAGAGAUGCAGGAGGCACAGACCUGGACCAGCCUGAGCACGGUGGUCCUGUCCAAGAGAGGCAGAAUAAGACAGACACCCUGGUUAGGCCACUCCCAGGGAGCAGCCUGGCAACUUUCCAGGCACGGAGAGAAACCACUGCAGUGAAUUUGGCUGGGAGCUCCCUGCCAGAAGCCAAGGACAGAGUCUUGCCUGGCAGGAAGGCUGGGGGUAUCACCUCAGGUCCAAGGACUCACUGGUGGCCUGGUACUGCUGAAGAGCUGCAGAGGUCCCCAUGGUGCCGUACUGAGACCCCUGGGUCAUUGGCCAGUGUGGCAGCUGGGGAGCAGGUUCCACCGUGGUUCACAGAACACGACGUCCAGACUCUCUGGUUACUGGCCCAUGGGGAGGUGGCGGGCAAAGCCAGGGUUCCCGCCCACGGGCAGGUGCUGCAGGUCGGACUAUCUGCUACAGGUACCUUCGAGGACAUGUCUCCUCUCAGGCUCAGCCAUCUCUGCUCCCAGGGCCUCUGCGGCCUCAUCAAGAGGCCCAGGGACCUGCAUGAAGUCCUAGCCUUCCAUGUGGACCGUGUACUGGGGCUCCGACGGAGCCUGCCUGCUGUAGCCCGGAGCUUCCGCAGCCCUCUUCUGCCCUACCGCUACACGGAUGGCAGUCUGAGGCCCGUCAUCUGGUGGGCACCCGAUGUGCAGCACCUAGGAGAUCCAGAUGAGGACCAGAACUCUCUAGCCUUGGGCUGGUUGCAGUACCAGGCCCUGCUGGCUAGCGGCUGCAGCUGGCCAGGCCAGAGCCUGUGCCCGGGCAUCCACCAUGCUGAGUGGGCAUGUUUGGCCCUCUUUGACUUCCUGCUGCAGGUCCAUGACCGCCUGGAUCGCUACUGCUGCGGCUUUGAGCCAGAGCCCUCAGACCCCUGUGUGGAAGAGGGGCUUCGAGAGAAAUGUCAGAACCCAGAAGAGCUGCGGCUGGUGCACAUCCUGGUCCGGAGCAGUGAUCCAUCUCGUCUGGUGUUCAUAGACAAUGCUGGGAAUCUCCAGCAACCUGAGGACAAGCUGAACUUUCGGCUGCUGGAAGGCAUAGAUGGGUUUCCUGAGUCCAUUGUGAAGGUUCUUGCAUCAGGGUGUCUACAGAACCUGCUGCUCAAGUCACUGCAGAUGGACCAGGUGUUCUGGGAGAGCCAAGGCGGAGCCAGAGGUCUGAAGCACGCCCUUGAGACACUGGAGAGGCGAGGACAGGUCCUGCUGAGACACAUUCAGAGGCACAACCUCACGCUGUUUGGGUACAAGGACCUGUGA